AUGCCGCCCAAGAAGCAGGCGACCUUGGAAUCCCUAUUUAGCAAAGAGCAGCCUGUGCCAAAGCGUGCUCGUGUAGAAAGAGAUGUCCACGAGGGUGAGCAUGUCCAUCCGCCUAGUACCGAGUCGGCGGAGGCAGAGACGACUCUCAAUACAAAGGUCGAGGAAGACACAGCCUCAGAGUCCAGAGACGGCACCGAUAGUAACGCCAUAUCAUCCUCGGACAAAGCUGUACAUAUGGGACAUGUCGAGUCGAGCGUGAAAACUGAGUCGGCCACGAGAACCCCGAUGGACGCGAUGCAAGGACGCACGUCCACGGGCCAGCGUGACGCGACUUGUCCGACAGACACAGCUGGUGCGCCUAUACCGUAUGCAACACUCGUGGACACAUUUUCCAAAGUCGAGGCGACGAGCAAGCGCCUCGAGAUCCUCGAACUAGUGACGCAACUCUUCCUCCAAGUGAUCUAUUCAAGUCGUGGUGGCGACGACAAGCCGCUAAAAGCAGCGAGCGAGAACUUGCUGUACACAGUCUACUUGUGCAUCAACCGACUGUGUCCAGACUAUGAAGGCCUUGAACUAGGCAUCGGCGAGGGACUCUUGGUCAAGGCCAUUGCACAGAGCACGGGCCGCGAGAUCGUGCGGAUCAAACGGGAUUUUGAGCGCUUGGGCGAUUUGGGUCUUGUGGCACAUACGUCGAAAAAGAACCAGCCAACCAUGUUCCGAGCGCAGGCACUGACGGUGCGCUCUGUGUUUCAACAGCUAAAACAGAUUGCAGCGGCUUCGGGCGCCAAGUCGCAGGACAAGAAGCUUGGGAUCAUCAAGCGGCUUCUCGCAACAUGUUCGGGAGAAGAGUCCAAGUAUCUCAUACGCAGUCUAGAGGGCAAGCUGCGCAUCGGUCUAGCAGAGAAGACUGUGCUGGUCGCGGUUGCGCAGGCUGUGAUGCUCGCGACGCAUGAUGGCAAGCCACACGAACCCAAGCAAGCUCGCGAUGCUGGCGAUGCGAAUGACGCAGCGAAACUGACGGAGCGACUUGAGCAAGGCACACACACGGUCAAGGCAGUGUUCAGUGAGGUGCCUUCGUACGAUUUGCUGAUUCCCGCGCUCCUGGAGCACGGCGUCGAGCAUGUCCAGGAGCAUUUGAAGCUUUCGCCAGGUAUACCACUCAAACCGAUGCUGGCGAAGCCGACAAAGGCCAUCGGCGAGGUGCUUGACCGGUUCGAAGCACAUGCUUUUACGUGCGAGUACAAAUACGAUGGUGAGCGUGCACAGGUGCACGGUUUUCGCGGCAGUGAUGGGCAACUGCAGGUGCGUGUGUUCAGCCGGAACUCGGAAGACAUGAGCGUCAAGUACCCGGAUCUGGUCGUGCAAAUUCCUCAUUGUCUGCGUGGUGGCGGAGAAAAUGUUCAGAGCUUUGUGCUGGAUGCCGAGGCUGUGGCAUGGCAGCCGCGGGAUGAGGCAAGCCACACGGAAGGCCGGCUCCUUCCGUUCCAGGAGUUGAGUCGGCGAAAGCGUAAAGACGUGCAAGCAACGGACAUGUUGUGCGGAAGUGACGCUACGUACGAGCCAAGCCGGCGCUCGAUCAACUGGCUCAAGCUCAAGAAGGACUACUUGUCUGGCACGGGAGACAGUCUGGAUCUGACUGUGAUCGGCGCAUACUACGGCCGCGGCAAACGGACGAAUGUGUAUGGCGCGUUUCUUCUCGCAUGCUACGACGAGGACUCUGAAACGUAUCAGAGUAUCUGCAAGAUCGGUACAGGCUUUUCGGAAGCGGAUCUAGACGCUCACUAUUCGACGCUGAAGGAGCUGGAAAUCCCACGCAAGAAGGGCUACUACGAUCUGGGCGAAGCCAAACCAGAUGUCUUUUUUGAGCCGCGAAUCGUUUGGGAAGUGCUAGCGGCUGAUCUUUCGCUCAGCCCUGUAUACACAGCAGCGCGUGGUGCUAUUGAUGCGCGAGGAAUUUCGUUGCGGUUCCCUCGCUUCAUUCGCAUCCGUGACGACAAAAGCCCUGACAUGUCGACGACACCCGAACAAGUCGCAAGCAUGUAUCGGGCACAGGCCAUGGCCACGCAAAGUGCGCGUGGCAAGGAUGAUGAGGACGAAUUCUGGUAG